GAAACGCCCCUUCACUCAACGAAACGCCCCUUUACUCAACGAAACGCCCCCUCACACUCAACGAAACACCCCCUCACACUACCCGACACUCUGAUUGGCUCUCAAGAGACUGCGUCUGAAACGUGAUGAAGUUUACGUUGACCGAGUAUGAAGAGGGAACCCGAAAAAGUAACACGGUUAAAACAUGGGGAAAAUAACGGAGGAAAAGGUAAGAAUGGAUAAAAAACACAUUUAGAUAUUGAACACUGGAUGAAUAGUCAUUAUUUGUAUCCAUUAUAUCAAUUAAGUGCGGUUUAUUAACCAGUUAUGUCUGCAUGCUGUAACGAUAGGGAUUGUAACAGCAAGCAAGACGCAGCGAUUUUCUCCCUUUUUUCUUUUUUUUCCUUUUUUUCUUUCAUUUAUAUGUACAGGUUAUAACAUUGACAAUAUAACAUUGUCUCAUCAUCUCAACCAAGAAACGUAUAAGAUAAACUAUAUGACCUCUAUAUAUUAGUAUUUAUCUGUUUUUUAAUCUUUAAAUGACAGCUUUGCUCAUUUGAAAACGUGUGACCUCAGUUCUACAAUUGUUAAGAUAAAAGAUUUGAUGAUGAAUAAUAUUUUUCAUGUUUAGAAAUUAGAAGUUCUGUUGAAUCACAGUCAACAGUGUCAUUUGAUUUGAUUUAUUUCAGUUAGCCUGCUUAUAUUUUAGGACAGGGAAAGUCUUAAAGGCAAAUGCAGUCCAGUUCAUUACUACUUGAUUCUGGAUUAAUAAUGUUUCCAUGAUAAAAAAUACAAAAUACAAUUUUAAUUUACAUUUUCUCUUAUAGAGCAACACUACGUUCAGUGAAGGAGCAGACCCUGAGCUGAGGAGAUCCGACUCGGACACUUAUCAGGGUCCGAUCUGCACAAAAAAGGGGAGCUAUGCAAAGCUUGUGUCCCAUCUGCAGGGACACCAAAGGUCAAUGGUGGAGUACGGUGGAAAGGGCCCAACAAGCCCAACAGAAGUGACGCGAGGCAUGUUGUCUGUUAACCAGUGUAAUCACAGAGGAUCAGGGCAUGCUGCAACACCUUAAAAACAUCAUCACAGGCAACACGGUGUCUCCUUGGGCCAAGAAACAGGACAGGGUCAUCCUUCUUUUUGAAGAUGAUGAACAAGUGGACAAAGUCAUGCACUUCUUGUCUGAAGUACUCGAACGUACUGAGACAGACAAGAAGUCUGCAGAUCCAGUGGCAUUCGUAAUGGAUGUACUUUUGCCAGAGGCAACAGUAUACGCCCUCGGAGCUGUUCACUCCAUCUCCCUGGACAAAGCCAAGGAGAUGUACAUGCGUGGCACAGAGUUUGACUCAAGCGAGAUAACCCAGCUUGGGGAACAGCUUCAGAGCCACAUUUCCUCAAAAGCGAGGCAGAACCUGGAUAUCUUCCUGAGCAAUUACAAGAAAGCCUUGGAGUCUAAGGAAUUCCUCAGGCGCCUGUAAUCCCUGGGUAGUGAAUGUGUCUGCUGGAUAGUCUGUUGUGUAUAAAAGAAAGAAAAUAUAUCAUUCAACACUUGUAUUCAUUACAUGGAUUUGAAAGUUAUACAACUUCCUGUGCAGAAUCAAGGGUUUCAGUGCAUUUGUUUUACUUUCAUCAAAAGACCUACUGAUGUCCAACUGGCUGGGUUUGAUUCAGAUACCAAUGUUUCACAUAUCUUCCUGGAAAUAGGUAACAUCUCCUUAAUGACAUACUCAGCAGAUCUUGUCUACUUAACUUCUGUCUACCACCACCUGGACCACACCAGCACAGAAUUUAAGGAGGGUUUCUUUCAGGUUAAAAACCUGAUCAAGUAGACUUUUAUUAGUUCUAAUCGUUGUUCUGUCCAGUUGAACAACAUGUCAAACUACAGACUAAUAAGACAUUCAAUAAAUGUAGGCCUAUAUUAAACACACCUUUUUGUAACAUACAGGUUGCCAUGAUGUUGGAAGUUUGCAAAAACAAAUGAAAUUAUUCAAAGUGUGUGUUCAAAGUGGAAUUUGUGAUAUUAUAUUGUAUAAACGUGAUAUUAUAUUGUAUAAACG